AUGUUAAAGUAUUAUUUUGAUGGAUCAUUAACACCAACACUUUUUCUUAAGUUGUUAUUUCCAGAAAUAACAUAUUUAUUCCAUUUAUACCUCACUUGCUACUUAUUUAGUAUUGUUAAUGAACAAAGAGAAUCCAUGAACUUCGCUCUUUAUAGUAGCAAUUGGACGGAUAUGAGUAUUAAAUUCAAAAAGUUACUAUUGCUAACAAUGCGGAUGAAUGAUGCUGAGAAUUUAAAGAUGAAAAUAUCAAUGAAAAGAAUCGUUAAUAUGGAAAUGUUUGCGGAUGUAAGAAAAAUAAAUAUAUUGAUUUAAGUUAUUCCAUUAUAUUAGACAAUUACAUAUAAUAUUUUCUUUUUGA